GGUGCGGUUUGUGCGAUGGCGGAACCAGUGAGGAGACGGGGUCGGACGACCCGAGGCGGCGGUGUUGGCCGAGGGGCUCGGGGGGCUCGGGGGGCUCGGGGGGCUCGUGGGGCCCGGGGUGGCCGAGGCCGGCGUCCUCACGCACAGCGGUCUCCAGCCCGGCGCACCCUGGACUCCGUGUUUGUGGAUUUGAUCAGCGAUAGUGAUGAAGAUAUUCUGGAGGUCGCAACGGCGCUCGGCGCUACGGACCCGGCUGAAGCCCCGCUCCCGGAGCCCCCCGCUCCUGUCGCGUCCCGGGACGACAGCGACAGUGACAGCGAAGGGGCGGACGCGCGACCCGAAGGAGCACCGCGAACCGCGGUCAGGCGGCGGCGGCGGCUGUUGCUGGAUCCGGGGGAGGCACCGGUGGUUCCGGUGUACUCCGAGAAGGUGAAAAGCAGCCUCCACCUCAUCCCAGAUCACCUGCCCCUCCUGGAACUCUGCCCUGCAGGGGCUGAGGAAGAUGCAGAAAUGGCAGAUUCCAGCAGUUCCCAACCUGAGGACCCCCCAUAUCCAGGCUUUACCUGGAAGAAGAAGUUGAGGGGUAAGGAUGAAGAAGAGGAGGAGGAGAAGAAGAUGUUUCUGGCCCAGGACAUGUCUCCCUCACCCCCGUCUCCACCAAGGACCAAAAGCAGGAAGCAUACCAGGGCACUCCAGAAGUUAAGGGAGGUGAACAAGCGCCUCCAAGAUCUUCGUUCCUCCCUGAGCCCCAAGCAGCACCAAGGCCAAGACUGUCAGAGCCAGGAGGAUGACGUUGUCCUAGUGGAGGGGCCCAUCUUCCCACAGAGCCCUCGCCUCUUCCCACUCAAAAUCCGGUGCCGGGCAGACCUGGUCAGAUUGCCUGUCCGAAUGUCGGAGCCCCUGCAGAGUGUGGUGGACCACAUGGCCAACCACCUUGGGGUAUCCCCAAGCAGGAUCCUCUUGCUAUUUGGAGAGACAGAGCUGUCCCCUACUGCCACCCCAAGGACCCUGAAGCUUGGAGUGGCUGACAUCAUUGACUGUGUGGUGCUCGCAAGUUCUCCAGAGGCUGCGGAGACAUCCCAACAGCUUCAGCUCCGGGUGCAGGGGAAGGAGAAACACCAGGUGUUGGAAGUCUCGCUGUCUCCGGAUUCUCCCCUCAAGACCCUCAUGGCCCGCUAUGAGGAGGCCAUGGGACUCUCAGGAUGCAAGCUUGCUUUCUUCUUUGAUGGGACGAAGCUUUCAGGCGUGGAGCUGCCGGCCGAUCUGGGCAUGGAAUCCGGGGACCUCAUUGAGGUUUGGGGCUGAGACUCCUCGGCCUGCCUGCGGGCCCAUCCUGGACUCAGCGAGAACAUCAGCCCCUUGCCUUUAAAAUGUUUUUACCAAAGCCCAUAAGGGCUAGUUAAAGCUGAGAUAGAACAUUUCUUUAAGCUAAAGCAGAAUCAAGGAGUGACCUUUGGCUUUUCUCUCCCGUCGACAUUGGUUUUAAGCCAUUAACUACCUGGGUAGUUGUGUGGUAGUUGUUCCUGCCCUGAGUCGGCUGUGCUUCCAUCCACAUUUUUGUGCUCAGUUUUCCAGCCACUGGGACAUGGAGGAGGUGUCCCUCCGUCACCACCAUUUCAUGUCCAUCAUCACCCUUUCCUUCAUCAAAAUGUCUGUUCUCUGAAACUUUCUUGUAUUUAAAUAAGGGUUGGGUUUGGGAUUCCAGACCUGGGAUCUCUGCCAUGUCUAAGACCAACAGUGGGCUUCCUUUUAUUUGCGGGGGUGGGAGUGGGAUUUGCUUAAGGCAGAUGCCCUGGUGUGGUUCCUUCCCUCGCAGGAAAUAAAUGGCCAGGCUCACACAUGCAUUAGCUUAAGUGUAGGCAGACAAUUGGUGGUUCUUUUGAAGGCUGUAGGUAGUGGAUUCUCAGCCUUGGGUGUCUUCCUCACUCUAGGGAACCUUCCAUUCACCCUUCCUAGUUUACCCUUCCUGGUGCACGCACAGUAAGGUAUAGCAGCACGUUCAACUGUUUUUGUUUUGGGUCUUGGGAUUAGUCUCUGGUUUUAUGGCUUUUCCCCUCUUCUCCACCCUACGAAUCUAUUCUUGUAAAAUACAGUGUUUUAUGUGUGAAUGUGCUUUUAAUAUCCGUAGUGGUACCUUGUGCUGUUUCUUUUUUCACUCAACGUGUGUUAGGAUCUAGCCCUGUCACCUACCCUGUUUCUGCUUCAUUGCUUUGAACUGCUGCCUGGUAUUCCACAGUGGGCGCCAGUUGCAUUUUGCUAAUCCAGUCCCUUCAGUGGUGGACACCUGGGUGCCGCCAACUCCUUGGCACCAUACACAAGGCCACAAUAAGCAUCCUUUUAUGUGUCCCCUCCUGGGCUCGCACAAACAGUUCUCUAGCAUAGGUGCCCAGGAUAGGAUUGUGGGUCGUACAGGGUAGUUUCUCUGUGGUUCCACCAGAUUUGUCCUUAGAAAGGUAAUUGACCCUCCCACUGAGGCUCCUAAUCUCUCCUCAUCUUCCCCAGCUUUUCUUAUUGCCCAGCUUUCUAAUUUCUGUCAGUCUGAUGUGUGUCAAGUGGUGCCAUGUUUGAAUGUACAUUCAGCUGAUCGUCAGUAAUGCUGGGAACCUCUUCAUAUACGUGGCAGCCUUUCGGGCAUCCCUUUCUGCGACUUGCUUGUUUUCUCAUGGGCGUCCUGUCUUUUCCUGACGUUUUCACAGGAGUUGAGCAGUUUUAGGCAUUGCAAACAACUCUCGUAGAAUGCCUUUGUCUUUUUUAUUUCUACAGGUGUCCUUCAUGGAAUAGAAAUCCUUAAAGUACAUGAAUUCACUAUAUUGUCAUAGAGUUUGCUGCCUUUUGGUUUCUUGUUUAAGAGUAGCUAAGACAUUCUGCACUUUCUAAUGUUAGCAGAUAAAACCAAUGAGCAUUUGCUUUCGUAUCAGGUCGCUAAAUGGGGCAGGAGUCUCGCUGGCACAAGCUGGUCUGCGGCGUUGGUGAUACUUGUACUGAGUGGUCAAACCCUUGCUCUGAUUGGUCGAUGCUGGGCUGCACUGGUUGCUAUAUAUUUUGAAUAGCAUUCCUGCCUUUAAACCAUUUGAAAUACGCCUUUGUGUUUGAGAUCCAUGUUUAUUUCCAUCAUACAACGAGCCAGUUUUCUCAUUACUGUCUACUAAAAGAUCCAUGAAUUCUCCACUGAUAACAUGGUGUAAUUUUAGCAAAAGUAUGUCAACUUCUUAAAAAACUUUUUUUUUUUUUUGGAAUGUGAGAUUCCUUAGAAUUUACAAUGUGGGACUACAGAAAGAAACCUUUGUAAUGUUUAAAUAAUCCAU